AUGCCUUACAUCAAUGAGUUCGUCUUGGUCUUCAUCCACAUUGCUCUGUCACUACUAGAAGCAGCUAACGCGUGCAACAGGGACAGAAAGCAUUGCUGUCAGAGGGAUUGUAGACCUUGCAAUCAAUUUGGCGGACCUAAAGUUAGGCCUCAGACAACGUUGAAGGCAAUGUUCAUCUUAGUGGUCCUCCUAAUGUGGACUGCGGUGUUCUGCUGCAAACGCAAGUCCCCUUGUCCAAAAUACUGUAUCCCUUGCAAGUAUAAGGGACCCAUUAUAGAAGUGUUAUACCCUAAGCAGGGUAACAAAACUAUCCUCUUGUCGCCAGUAGAAGAGUGA